GUGGGAGUGCGGGAUCGGAUGGAGUUUAGGACCGCGCGGUUGUUGCAGCAGUGCGUUCUAUGGAUUCUGACACGCAGUACAGUAACACAGCCUACGUGAACAAAAACUUCUUUCAAGUUAUUUUCCGCGUGUUUCUACAGAAUUUCACAUGUUUCAGUAUGACAGCUAGAUCACGCAAUUCUUAUAGCUAAUUAUUAUUUGUCACCGUUUGCUGUAUUUUAUCAUAAAACGCAAGGUUUAUCUUUGUGCCAGUUCCUUUUGAAUACCGCUGUAUAUCAUCGAUAAAAACAAAAAACAACGCUGCAGUUUCUCAUCCUCUCAUCUUAAAUGGCGAUAACACCAGUUCUUACUUUUUUCCUCACUCUCAUACAUGUUGUAUAUGGUCAGUUAGAAGAUGUGAUAAUUGAUCGAUACUUCAUACCAACACACUGUUCGAGAGAGGUUCAGGUCGGAGACUAUGUUCGGUAUCAGUAUAACGGCACAUUCAAGGAUGGACGGAAGUUUGACUCGAGCCUGGAUAAGGGUUUUCCAUUCGUGGGGCAGGUGGGUGUGGAAUCUAAAGUCAUUCCAGGUUUGGAUAAAGGAGUUCAGGGCAUGUGUGUAAACGAGCGAAGGAAGAUCACCGUACCUCCUCAUCUUGCUUAUGGAGUCUUGGGAGCUGGUUCAGUUAUCCCACCAGAUGCAACAUUGGUGUUUGAUGUGCUUUUGCUGGAUUUGUGGAAUAAAGAAGACAAAGUUCAAAUUCGUAUGCUUCACAGACAGCAGAAGUGCAAGCGGACAGUGAUGCCCACAGACUUUGUCCGUUAUCAUUACAAUGGAUCUUUGUUAGUGGGAAACGUGUUUGAGUCCAGCCACCUUCAAAACUCAACAUACAACACAUAUGUGGGGGAGAGCAGUCUCAUCAAAGGCAUGGAGGAAGGCAUUUUGGGCAUGUGUGUUGGGGAGAGGCGAUCAAUUAUUAUCCCACCAUUUAUGGCUUAUGAUGACAAAGGAUAUGGUACAAAGAUCCCUCCAUAUGCAACUGUCAUUUUUGAUGUAUUACUGGUGGACGUGUUUAAUGUGAAGGAUGAUGUAAACGUGGAAGUUCAAAAGAUUCCACAGCCAUGUAGGAGAAAGGCAGUGGUGGGAGAUUUCAUACGCUACCAUUAUAAUGGAACAUUUCAAGAUGGUACUGUCUUCGAUUCCAGUUAUUCUCGAAACAGCACUUACAACACAUUUAUUGGCAUGGGUUAUGUGAUUGCUGGUAUGGACAAAGCCCUGCAGGGGGUAUGUGUGGGUGAGUGGAGACGAGUCACUGUGCCGCCUCAUCUGGCCUAUGGAGAAAAUGGAUCAGGUGAGCUGAUCCCAGGAUCUGCCGUGCUCAUUUUUGACCUGCACAUCAUUGACUUUCACAACCCUAAAGACCAAGUGGACAUCAAAGUGACCUACAAACCAGCUGACUGCAACCUGACAAGUGCUGCAAAUGACCUGAUUUUAUACCGCUACAACUGCUCUCUGCUGGAUGGCACACAUCUCUACUCUUCAGAUGACUACCCAGAACCCCCACGUGUCACGUUAGGUCAAGGGAAAUUGAUCUCUGGUCUGGAUGAAGGCUUGCAGGGCAUGUGUGUGUCAGAGAGGAGAGAGAUCACUGUGCCACCCCACCUCGCACAUGGCACCAAUGGAGCGCUGGGUGUACCCAGCAGUGCCGUGUUGCUGUUUGAGCUGGAACUACUACAGCUGCAGAAGGGUGUUCCUGAGGGCUUUUUGUUCAUCUGGCUGCAGGACAGUCCUGAGCCACUGUUUCCUGUCAUGGAUAUGAACCAAGACCAGGAGGUACCACUGGAGGAGUUCUCAGCAUUUAUUAUGCUACAGGUGGCUGAAGGCAGAGGCCGCAUUCAUCCAGGAAUGGACAGUGAUACCAUCCUAAAGAACAUGUUCAAAAAUCAAGAUCGCAACACAGACGGCAAGAUAACUGAAGAUGAACUGAACAUCAUAGUAAAUGAGGAAAAGGAAGUACCUAUACAUGAGGAGCUGUAAGGGCAACAAACCAGAGAAUAGGAUGUAUAAAAAGUAUUGUUUUUUUGUUGUUGUUUGUUUGUUUUUUUAAAUAUCAGGUUUUUGUAAUUCAAGUGUAAUUGGCUGAAUAAGGCCCUGAUCAGACAGAACAUGUUUUUCAGGUUUGAAAAUGCGAGGCACCGCACUGCCAUUUUUUUUGGUUGACUUUUAUCAUUUACAAAUAAGCAGUGUGCUGUUUUUUUAUGUUGCUAGGCAACAACCAAAUCAGGAUCAAGGAUUAUCAAGCACUAUAGGAUCAAGGAUUACAGCAAAAGCGCGAGGGUGAGAUGUACAAAUAUGCAUCUCCUCCAUUAUUGCAGUCGAUGGACGUUCCAAGCAACUGUAAAGUUUCAUCACCACAAUGGAACAAUGGGGAAAAAAAACGCAAAUGACGCCAGAUGCUCUUCUGCUCAGAGUUGUUGUUUUUUUUCAACUUCAGGUCCUCAGAGCACUCCUACAAAUACGAGGGGUGCAGCAGGCAGCUAAACGCGAAGGUGCAAAUAAGGCACCUCUCACUGAAAAAGAAAAAAAAAUGUUCUGUCUGAUCGGGGCCUAAGUUAUAACGUUAUUUUAAUGACAAAAGUUGAGAGCACACUAUUGUGACACAUCCAUGUAAAGCUUGUUUUAUACUUGCUGCAUCCGCAUGAGCGUGAAGGUGGGCACGGAGAAAAUGACGUCAUCAUGUUGCACGUUGAGUGCACGAGACCCCAAUUCGCCUGCCUGUGUGCACGUCAUUUUUUUGUAACUUUGUGCGAGGCUCCGCAUCCGAAGAUGCAUGACUUUGAGCCGAUUCUAGCCGAGCAGGUACUUCUGCACCAGCAUGUUUACCAGCACCCAGUUUGCGCUUGUCCAAAUUAAUUGCUUACAUUUACAAAAUGAGCCUGCAAUAGCAGAAAUAAACUUUUUAACUUUUUAAA